UUCCAAUCUAUCAAAUAUUUUUUCUUCGGCGUCUUCGAGGCAAGAGAAAACUGCCAAGCAGUGCAAAAUACAUGUCGUGUGCAUGACAAUACAUUUGUAUUGUAUUGUUCUUAGUUGGUGUUGUUCCAAAAUGCAAAUCGAUGGAUCUUACAUAUAUCCAGCUGCCUUAGCAAUGAUUCUCACUGCUCUUAGAACUUCAAGUUUAUAAAUGAUCCUUAAAUAUAUUUCAUUCUCGACUUUGCUGUCAGAUAUUUGAGUUAAUUUCAAGAGCACAGUUUUCUCUUUAAUUUUGUGUAGAUUUCCUUUUGCAUCCAAAAUGUUUUCCCUUCAGCAAAUGCUACGCGUUCUGUUCAGCUGUGAGUAUAAUCCAACUUGGCUUUGCUUUUAUGAAGUAUUUCCAUCCUUCAAGCAAGAUUUCAGUGUGCAGCAGCGGCUGGUGCUCUGCUGCUUCAGCCUGCUGGCCAUCAUCAAUGCGUACACGAUGCGAUUAUGCUUGGACCUCUCCCUGAAGCGCAUUGUCCUGGAAGGUUGUGCUCGUCCACCUACUCCCCCUCCUCCGCAGCAUGCAGCUGCCAAGAUCCACCAUUGGCUCACAGAACUGGCUGCCCGAUUGAAUGAGACGGAGAACAUGUUAAGAGAAAGACUUCGGGCUGGAAGGGAGCAUGUUUACCAUCCCACGAAGAUGCCUCUGGCAGCAAUCAAGCAGCCCGUUAAGCUGCCUUCCAGAGAGUCCUUGAAAGUAUCUUCUCGCGAGCGAAUAAGCUGCUCUGAGCUGUGGUCGCGACAGACACAAACCCUGGUCACGGUGGCCUUCUAUGCCGGCUACAUGCUCACCCACAUCCCAGGCGGACGCUUGUCGGAGCGUUGUGGCGGCAAGUGGAUCCUGGGAGCUGCCAUAAUCUUCUCGGCCAUUCUCACGCUGCUAACGCCGCUGGCUGUGCGCCAUGGUGGUCCGUAUGCCCUGAUGGCUGUGCGACUCGGCAUCGGACUCUGCGAGGGUCCCACCUUUCCGGCUGUGUCUGCCAUGUUGGCUCAGUGGAUCCCUGAGGAAGAGCGCGGUCUCCUGGCCAGUGGCGUGCUGAGUGGAGGAGAGAUUGGCAUCACUUUGGUGCAGCUGCUCAGUGGCUUGGUGAUGGCCGAGGAGGAUUGGCCGGUGGCCUUCUAUGUGGUCGGUGGUGGGGCCGUUGCCUGGUUCCUGGGAUUUAUCCUCAUCUGCCAUAGCAAACCCGACAACUGUCCGUACAUACAGAGCGAGGAGCGGGACUACAUCAAGAGCCAUGUGAGUGCCACACUGCUGGUAGCAGCCGACAAUGCGGAAGGGCAACAACCACCGAAUGCGCCCUGGAGGAGCAUCCUGAUGAGUACGCCGCUGUGGGCACUGGUUUCCGCCUCCAUGCAGCACGAUUGGAGUCGGCAGCAGUUCGGCCAGGAGUUGCAGCAAGUGCUGGAGGAACUCAGAGCCAGGGGCAGCACUCUGUGGGAUGAACUGGAGGCCAGCAUAGUGGUGACGGCUCCGUAUAUCGGCAAUUGGCUGGCAUCCCUCAGCACGGGCACCCUCAGCGACUAUCUCAUAGCGGAGCAGCUGCUCAGUCGCACAGAGACGCGUCGCCUCAUGUCCUGGCUGGUGUUUGUGUGCGGCUCCAUGUACAUGGUACACCUGAAAUCGGAUGGUGCUCGCAUCUGGCGUGUCCUGGCCGUGGGCGCUUACUACGCGGGCAUCAAGCUGCUGCCUCUGGACAUGAGUCCCAAUUACGCUGGCACCCUGAUGGGCAUCUCAAAUGGCAUGGGUGCGCUGCCUGGCCUACUGCUGCCGUACCUCCAGGAGUUCGAGGCUGACUAUGCCAUAGUGGGCAGCGUGCGUUCCGCUCUGUGGCUCAUCUGUUCCGCUUACAUAUCCGCCGAAGUGCAGUCCUACAAUCAACCUCAGGGCUAAGUCACGACUUUACAGCUUGUACUUAUUUUAAUCUUACGUUUAAGCGUAGGCCAUGUGUUCAUAUUCCUUAGGCAAACAAAGACUUUACAUGAA